AUGGCGACGCCAUUGUCCAGAAAAAGGGCGAUUCCUACAGUGGCGGCAACGCUUCUAUUGUUGCCGAUGUUCCCAGCCUUCACUGGGCUGCCGCGGCAGAGGAUCCUCUCUCGCACGAUUCGACAGCAAUCAGACCGAGAUGGUAGUGAAACCAUGAUUGUCACGCGAGAAAAUGCAAAAGAUGAUGAGGCCGAGGUGCGAAGGAAGAGAAUCAACGGGCGGGUGGAAAAGCCCCUCCCAAAGACCAUGAAGGUCAAAGAGAAAGCUGAGAACACAGAGAUGUCGAUGUUGGGCAAAGGUGCCUUAGCGUUGCUGGGUGCUGCGCUCCUGGCUGCUGCUCUCCAGCUUUUUGGAGGUGAACCGGAUAUGCCCAGAGACACGUACUACAUCUCCUCCAGCAGCUAUGUGAUCCAAAGCAGCCGUGAUGCCACGGGCCAAAUGCGGAGCAGAGUGGACGAGAACAGCGGCGUUUGGACCAACAUCCCAGGGAUCAAAGGAAGCUCUGGUGAAUCCCCAGAACGCGCGCGUGAGCGAUUGAGGAGCACUGAGGAGCAAUUGGAUAGAUCCAUGCAACAAAUGAACCGGGAGAUGGAGGAUGCCUUCCAGCUGUUCAGUUUGUAUCCUUUCUGA